GGAUAUCAACCGUCAAAUUAAACCGAAGAAGAAGAAGUGAAGCAGCGUAGCACAGCAGGCUAAUAUAAAGAUCAUCACUUUUAUCGAUCAGACCGAGAAAUAAACUCAACUUCACAAUGAAAGAUGUCAGCGGAUACCUCAAACAGCAGCAAAGCAGCAGCUCCACGCCGGAGAUGGCGGCGGAAUGGCACACUUUGGAGGAAUAUUACAACAAAAGGUGACAGAAUAAUAAUCAGCUUUCUCUGUUAGCUUAGCUGUGCUAAUGCUAGGCUAACUCAUUCAGCGCUGAGUCACGGACGGAGUUAGCUUAGCUUCGGCUAAUGUUAGCAUUAAUAAUGUUUACAUUUUAGAGGUUUAAAAACUGAAACUAGUCCGAUAAACAACAGGAUUAAAGAAGUUUAAACCGGAAACUUUAAUGUUUAUCAGUGAGAGGAUGAUGUUUGAGUCUCUUCAGUAAAUCUGGAGUUUAAUGCAGCAUGUUAGCAUUUAUCAUCUAUUUUAACUUUGUCAUCAGCUGUAAAAAGAGUUUAUUUAUGUGACAACAAGGUAAUUAAAGCCUUUUAAAAUGAUUAAAAACACCAGUCAGAGACCAAAGUGAGAGAAAAUUAGGUCUAAACAGAGGAGUUUGGUUAUUAAGACAGUUGUUUUUAACACAAAUAUAUAAAAGUUAAUAUACCUGUAGAGCUGACCUUACUAUAACCUGUUCAUGAUCAGCAGGUUUGUCUCAGUCUGGAUUAAAGGAGCUCAGAGUUUCAGCUUUCGUAGUUUGUUCAGACCUGGACCAGGUGAUCUUUGCGGUCCGGAUGGUUCAUAGUAGGGCUGGACGAUAAAACGAUAACCAUAUAUAACGAAAAUUAAUUUCCCUCAAUAUAAAACAUGAUCAAUAUCCUUUUCAAUAGUCGUCAUUCUGACAUUUUUACAUCGACUAUACGAACAGCCAAUAAAAAGGGGAGUGUCUUCGGGUCUGAACCAAUCAUGUUCUGAAUUAGAACCAAGUAUCAACCAACUGCAGCGUCGUAGCAGACAGCAGCUCCACCCAACCAUAGCACUUUAACAGGUGAAGCCGACAGCACUGUUGGUGAGAAACAAAGAAAAUGAGUGCUACCCCCGACAGAAAUGACCAUGAAGGCUCAACAGAUGACCACAUCAAUGUCAACCACAACAAACCAAAACCGCUCAGAACUUUGUAAACCAGCAGCAGGACUCUAAAGUCUAGGAUCUGCUCUGGUCCUUUAUUUCUAGAAGUCCUCUUUAGGAGGCCGAGUUUGUGAUCCUGUUUCUGAACUCAGUUCUGUGUUUCUUUGUUUUCGGCUGUAAUGACUGAAGUUGUUCACGGAUCUUUAAUCUCCAUCACUCCUCCAGUAUCCUCAGUUUAAUCCUUUUUCUCCGGGGUCAGAUCUGCUCAGUUCUGGUUUCUUCUUGUUUUCUAUAAUCUGAGGCAGGUGGAUAUUAGAUAGAAGAGGCUCCAGGAGGGAACCUUGAGGAACCCCACAUCAUUUGUUCAUUCAUUCAUUUGUUUGUUUGUCUGCUGAGAUGUGAAGUUACGUCCUCAAAGACUCUAAAGAGAUGAGUCAUGAGUGAAGUGGCGUUUGUCACCUCUGAGUUUCCUUCUUCACAGAUUGUGGCAUCAGCUGACUCUGAAGCUGACCGAGUUUGUUAAAGAUCCCUGCUUCAAAACAGGAGAUGGCCUCAUACAGGUACGUGGAAACCUGCAGACUCUAAUGAGAGCCGACCGUCUGUUUGGUGUUUUUCUGCUGAAGUUUCUUCAACUCAUCUCCUGUCAUAAAACAUACAGAAAUAAAAAAAUGAUUUUUACACAUGAAAGUAAAAUAAAAACAGAUUAUCAACCUAAGAGAGAUUAUUUUAACUGAACAAACACGCUGCGUUCCCGUUUGUCUUUACUGUAACCUCUUUUUUUUCUCUUUUAGCUCUACGACAACUUCCUCAGUGACUUUGAACACAGGUGAGACACACGAAGAGCGGCGCUCUGUUUUCUCUGAUCUUCUGUCGUUCUCGAUGAUUUCAUGUUGUCUCUCUCUCUCUGUCAGAAUUAACCCCUUGUCCCUGAUGGAGAUAGUUCUGUAUGUUGCCCGACAGAUGACAGGUGAAUAUCAACACGACCGAACCGUAAAUACCUCCUGACUUCCCGCAGGUUUUUCUUCUUCUUCUGAUUGACUUCUGUUUUUGUUUUUUCCAGAUCCUAAAGAAGCCAUCACUUUUCUGGAAAAGACCAAAGAAAAGGUCAGUCUGAAGAAACCAACACACAGCAGAUACUCUGCUGCUCUGAGUAAUAAGACGUAACUGAGUCUGUUUUUUCCUCCACUUUGACGCGUCUGUGUCUGAUUCAGGUGAAAAGUAGUGAUGAAGCCGUUAUUCUCUGUAAGACGUCCAUCGGCAGCCUCAAACUGGAGAUCAACGAUCUUCCCGCCACGAAGGUAAAACCUCCUCGACUCUCACUUUUCUCUCCAUCUGUUAAUUAAAGUGUUUGAUAAGUCUUUUAACACGUGUGAUCAGCUGAUGACGGCAGCAGCUGUUAGACAGAUCCUCAGCUGUGAGCUUCACGUCCUCAGGAGAGUCUGAUUCCUGAUUUCUGCUGAAAACCUUUAGUUUAGUCUAGUUAAGUCUUUCAGUUGGAGUUGAUCUCCUGUGUCUGCAGAGAUGUCCAGACUUCAGAGCGAAUGUUUGUUUGUCCCUCCAGAAAAUCAUCGAGGAGGUGGAGGAAAUGUUGAAUAACCUUCCAGGCGUGACGUCGGUGCACGGACGGUUUUACGACCUCUCCAGCAAAUAUUACCGCAUCAUCGGAAACCACGCCUCCUACUACAAGGACGCCCUGCGCUACCUGGGCUGUGUGGACAUCAAAGACCUCCCAGGUGGGCUGAGGCAUGAUGGGAAAGAUUUUUAGAGUUUGAUGGCGGUUUGAGCGAGGGUUUGACUGAUUGGAUGUUGAUGUUUCCUCCUCAGAGACGGAGAAGCAGGAGCGAGCGUUCACUCUGGGCCUGGCCGGACUCUUAGGAGAAGGAGUCUACAACUUUGGAGAGCUGGUAACUCCACCCACCUUCUGUGUUGGUCAUCAGCUGAUCUGCUCCAUGAUGCUGACCGUCAGUGUGUGUGUGUGUGUGUGUGUGUGUGUGUGUGCGUGUGUGUGUGUGUGUGUGUGUUUGCAGCUGAUGCAUCCUGUGCUGGAGUCUCUGAGGAACACAGACAAACAGUGGCUCAUCGACACGCUCUACGCCUUCAACGGUGGAAACGUGGAGAAGUUCCAGAGCUUCAAGUCGGCCUGGGGUCAGCAGGUGAUGACCGACACCGGCGACGACCCGCAGACCGGGCGCCGUUUCUUUAAAACACGCAUUUGUCGUCAACAUCGGGGUUUGUUUUUGAGCGUGAAGUGACGACAUGUCUCAUGUGGACCGGUCAGUCUCAGUCCUCCAUAAGUGUGAGCUCAGAAGUCUAAACCAGGAGAUCCAGAUCCAUGAUUUCAUUUUGACAGCAGAGGAAGUUUUAUCGGCGUCUGUCAGAUUCUCAGGGCGGCCAUUUUCCUCCGACAUCAUCUUCAUACUGUCGACUGGAACCUGACCGAGACUUCGACGUCUGUUUCUGACGUCUCUAUACAGACAGCCACAUAGACAUAUAAGCAGUAGAUUGUGUCCUUCCAGAGGAGGAAAUCUACUUCUAGACUUCUAGAAUCAGCAUCUCCUCAUCCAUGGUGUCAUCGGGGUGAAAUGACGUCUAAAAACCUUUCACUUGUUCGUCUCCGCUGGAGUGUUUUAUUUUGAAAAGAAGCCGGAUGUUUUAUUUUGUGUCUGUGCCCGACUUCCUUUCCAGCACGGGUUAAUCUGUGCUGAAUUUAUCCGCCAUGCUCCGGCGUCCGGAAAAAAUAGAACUCUUGUGAUCAGCUGAGGAGUCCGGCGAUCCGCAGAGGAACGGAAAGAAGUCGGUGUAAAUUGACACGUUAACUUGAAUGGUUACGAUCAGCUACGAUCGGAGGAUACGACCUUUUAGACGAUCAGGAUGAAGGGGGAGGUCGGGGGUCAGAGUGACGAGAUGAAGUCCUAACAACAGAUUUUUUUUAAGGUGUGAGAUGAUCGAUCUUUAUUAUGAGGAACAGACAUUAUACCGACCUUUAACCCCAGAACAUGACGUCAUAUCUCCGAACUCUGACUUCUCACGCUGUCUCUCAAAGUGCCGACAUUUUUCUCAUGAUUUCUGUUUUUUUUUUUCUUAUUUUAAAAAGUUUGUAUUUCUGUUUUUUGUUUUAUUUUUUCUUCUCCUCUUUUUCUUCUUCUCACUCCGGUCGAAUAUUCUCAGUAGAGUUUUCGUACCGCGCCGUAAACACGUUUAUUUCCGCGCUCACGUUUGACAUCUUGGCGCCACGCUCUCCUCAUCAGGUGAUUGUUUGUUCUCCUCCUUUUGUCCGUUUGUCUUUAAACGCUCUGAACUUUUUCGUCUCUUCUCUUCACAGCCCGAUCUCGCCGCUCAUGAAGCUAAACUGAUGCAGAAGAUCCAGCUGCUCUGUGUGAUGGAGGUGAGAGACAGACCGACCCACAAAAAAACACGCUCAUGUGAGAGGAACUUAGAGGAACCCAGACUCCUCAGGAGGAGUGAAGAGAAGAUGAUCAUUUCAAACGUCUCUUCUUCUGUUCCAGAUGACUUUCACGCGCCCCGCCAACCACAGACAGCUGACCUUCACGGAGAUCGCACAGAGCGCCAAAAUCCCCGUUAAUGAGGUCAGUGCCUUAAAGCAGCUCCUGAGUAGAUGUUGAUGAAACAGGAUGGACCCUGAUGGACCAGAGAGGUUCAGCAGAUGGACUCAUAGAUGAACGUGAUGGUGACUCUGCUGCUGCUGUUCUUCUGCAGGUGGAGCUGCUGGUGAUGAAGGCUCUGUCUGUGGGUCUGAUUAAGGGCAACAUCGAUGAGGUGGACCAGAAAGUGCAGAUGACCUGGGUGCAGCCCCGAGUCCUGGACCUGCAGCAGGUCGGUCCUCACUCGGUUUUUUCUUGUGUUUCCUCUGAAGCUUCUUUCUGUUUCUGUGUAAAAGAAGUCCAGAGUUCUUAGAGGAACAACCAGACAGGUCCAGAGUUCUUCAGAUCUGCUCCCACUGAUGCAGGUUUUAAUCUGAAGUAUUUAGAUGUUACUCAGAAACACUCGUGGUCUCGUUGUGUCUCACCUGAUGUUUCGUGUCUCAGAUUAAAGGGAUGAAGGAGCGUCUGGACUUCUGGUGUGGAGACGUGAAGAACAUGGCCAUGCUGGUGGAGCAGCAGGCUCACGACAUCCUCACAUAAACCUCUGAGAGAAGACCCUCCCUGCUUCUGUUUUCUAUUGUUUUCUACCACCUCUUUAUUCUUCUGAACAAAGUGUAUUUGUUGAUUUCCAACCUGGACUUUACAGAAACACCGAGCUGCACCAGGACGGUCCCAAAGUCCGAACGUCUCCUUAAAAACGAAUAAAAAGUUCUGAAAUGACCUUCAAGUCCA